CCACCAUCACUAUUCGUACCUGCUACAACAGGUUAAAACCAAAAAAAAAAAAAUAAUAAAAUAAUAUGCCACCAAAGAAGGACGCUAAGGGCGGCAAGGACGCGGGCAAAGGCGGAAAGAAGCCAGCCGCAGAAGAUAAAUCUGCCGGCAAGGAGAAGAAGGGCGGCAAUGCCGUCAAGGUGCGCCACAUUCUGUGCGAGAAGCAGGGCAAGAUUAUGGAGGCCAUGGAGAAGCUAAAGGCUGGCCAAAAGUUUCCCGAAGUGGCCACCGCCUACAGCGAGGACAAGGCGCGUCAGGGCGGCGAUCUCGGUUGGCAGAUACGUGGUGCGAUGGUCGGUCCGUUCCAAGAUGCCGCCUUCGCCCUGCCCAUAUCGAAUGUCAACAAUCCCGUGUACACAGAUCCUCCGGUCAAGACCAAGUUUGGCUAUCACAUCAUAAUGGUAGAGGGAAAGAAAUAAUGAAUUUACAGAUUUUAUAAAUCAAAUUUUAAUGUG